UGAGUGCUCGUGCGUUGCACGUGGGUGUAGAGUAGUACAUAUAAUAUAAAACCCCUUUUUCUUUCUUCCUUAAAAACCCUAGCGGCACCAGAUCGAGUUUCGUCGUCUCCAACUUUCAAUUUAGGGUUUCACAGGGUAGCUGCUGCAAUCAAUCAUGGCCGAAGUUGAAGCUGCUGAUGUUGCUGUUGCAGGAGUUCCUAAGAAGAGAACGUUCAAGAAGUUCUCUUUCAGAGGAGUUGAUUUGGAUGCUCUCCUCGACAUGUCGACUGAUGAGCUUGUUAAGCUUUUCACUGCCCGUGCUCGCAGAAGGUUCCAGAGAGGUUUGAAGCGUAAGCCAAUGGCUUUGAUUAAGAAGCUCAGGAAGGCGAAAAGGGAGGCCCCAGCUGGUGAGAAGCCAGAGCCAGUUAGAACUCACCUCCGAAACAUGAUUAUUGUACCAGAGAUGAUUGGAAGCAUCAUCGGUGUGUACAAUGGCAAGACCUUCAACCAGGUCGAGAUCAAGCCUGAAAUGAUUGGACACUACCUUGCCGAGUUUUCCAUCUCGUACAAGCCUGUCAAGCACGGUAGACCAGGUAUCGGUGCUACCCAUUCAUCUAGGUUCAUUCCUCUCAAGUGAAGGCCGCCACUGCCUGUUUGCAUUAUUAUAUUCAGUAUUUUAGUUUCCAAGACUUCGAUGAAUUUUUGUUUCCUUCGGUUGUUUAAAAGAUUUUGAAUACUGUUUAGUUUUCUCUUUAGACUGUUGUUUAAUGAAAAUUAUAUUUUUCCUAGAA